GAGGCUGCCCCCAGCCAGGGACUUGCCCAGUCGGGGCUCGGGAGUCCCAGGGCAGCCACGGCUUUGGGCAGAACCAUUCUCUGGAGAUGGAGAGGGGAGAAGAAAUCUUUCGUUUCCAGCCCAACUCGGAACCAUCCGGAACCUGCACUCGGCCUUCUUGCCCUCCUUUCCUUACAGUGCUCUGUUCCGUCACCACUAGCUCCCCUCCCUCGCGGCUCUGAGUCCCGCAUGCCACUAGUUGCUUCUCGGUGGCCCCCCACCCCUACGUGUGGUCGGACCUGGCGGGGAGCACCUGGGCAGGUUAUAAAGGUCCCGCUGCGGCAGUGGAUGGAGGAGUCAAGAUGCGCCAGAGGCGGUCGGGGUGCGGCUGCGCUGGGAGGCUGCGGGGGGCCGGGACUCGGACGCGGGGACCCAGCAGCAGCCACCUCUGCACCCUCACCAGCCAGUCCCACUCCGGAGUCCUCUGCGCGGCCGCAGGCACGGGGCAGCCUCUCAGAAGCCCACACUGGAGCUCGUCCGACUUCCGAGGCUGGAGCCAAGGCAGGAGCCUGGUGCGCGUCCGCACUCUCGGCCGUCCAGGGAAAUGCCGGGUCUGUGCCCGACAGUUCGGACGCGCCGCGGAUCCGCUUAGUAUUCCAAGGGCUGUUUGGUCCCCGGGCCACUGGUCUGGGGGCUGGAAAGGCAGCGGGCAUCUGGUCACCACCCGCCUACAUUGGCCGGCAACCCGGGGUGUCCAGCCCUGAACGCACCGCCUUUAUUCGGGAGCUGGAGGAAGCUCUGUUUCCUAACCUACCUCCGCCAAUCAAAAUGAUCACCCAGGAAGAUAUCAAAGUGAUGUUGUAUUUGCUGGAGGAGCUCUUAGAGCCAAUCUGGUCUGAUCUGCUUUUUCUGAUCCUUCUGCAGAGAGAGAGAGAACUGAAUACUGCAGCCCGCAUCAGCCAGUCCCUGGUGAAACAGAACAGUGUUUUGAUGGAGUAGAACAGCAAGCUGGAAGCCCUGUUGGGCUCAGCCAGGGUGGAGAUUUUACACCUCAGACACCAGGUGAACUUGCGGGAUGACCUCCUUCAGCUCUACUCAGAUUCUGAUGAUGAGGAUGAGGAUGAAGAAGAGGAGGCAGAAGAUGAGGAACAGGAAGAAGAGGAAGCAGAGGAAGACCAGCAGCAUGCUCAUCCCUGUGAAGCCCCCAAGCCGACUUCAAAGGAGGCAUUGCUGCACAAGCACCACUGCCCGCAGCUGGAAGCCCUGCAGGAGAAGCUGAGGCUGCUGGAGGAGAAUAAUCAGCUGAGAGAAGAGGCCUCUCUGCUCAAUACCCUUGAGGAUGAGGAACAGAUGCUCAUUCUGGAAUGUGUGGAGCAGUUUUCGGAGGCCAGCCAGCAGAUGGCUGAGCUGUCGGAGGUGCUGGUGCUGAGGCUGGAAAACUAUGAAUGGCAGCAGAAGGAGGUGGCUCGGCUGCAGGCCCAGUUGGUGAAGCUGCAGCAGUGGUGCUGGAUGCUGCAAGACCUGCAGGAGAAGUACACAGACCGUGGGGGCAUGCUGAUUGACACACAGGAGGAGAAGACUCAGCACUCCCCGGUGUCCACUGGGUCUGCCACCCACUGCCCAUACAGCGUGCCUGUGGAGACUCUUCCUGGUUUCUAGCAGACCCUGGCUGAGGAGCUCAGAGCAUCUCUAAGGAGGAUGAUCUCAGAUCCCAUGUGUUUUAUGGAAAGGUGCGUGGCUGGGGCCCUCCCCGGCCCUUAG